UUUAUGACAGAAAGCGAAGGCGAAACCAAGUUUUCCGCAAGUAUUGCAGGUUCAGUGUUCGUUGUAGUGUUGUCUCACGAUAUGCUUUUCCAUUUGGUGAUUUCUACAAAAAAAAAAUUAAAAAUCUGAUUUUCGAUGUAUCUUACGGGUUGUUUGAGAUAAGUUAAACAUCUAUAAGUUAAUUAAAUGCGUGCUGCCAUUUAUUGUAGGUUGCUGCACAGAGUUUUAGCACUACAAACAUAUUUCCAUUCAUUUCAUUUCAGCCUAGAUUCAUCGUUAGCUAGCUCUUUUGAGUGGUAGCUAAAAAAAGUUAUUGCAGUUAAUGCCUGUAUUUAGCCCGUGAGGAUUUAGGCUACUAGCUUCUGUUUAUAUCUUUUAUUAUUUUAUUAAGGAAUUCGUUUGUGUUCUGGUGUUAGUAGUUGCAUUAUAAGUAGGAAAGUCAUGUAUUUAAUUAAUUUAUUUCCGGUCUUUAUCCACCGAACUAGAAUCCUCUAUUGCAACAAUAACCGGAAUGUGCAAGGUGACUCAGUCAGUUCAAAGAUCACGGAGAGGCCGCCUCCAUUUGUUUACUUUUCAGCCAUGUUAUCUCUGACCGGCAAGGUUUUAACGGUGCUGGGCCCAGUCGAACCAGAGCAGCUGGGCCGAACCAUGACCCACGAGCACCUGACCUUGACAUUUGAGUGCUGCUACUGCCCGCCAGCCACGGGCGAGGAGGCUGCUGCCUUGGCUCCCAUUGAGCUGAAGAACCUUCACUGGCUCCAACAGAACCCGUACAGUCACCAUGAGAACCUGCUGCUGUGCCAGGAGACGAAUGCAGUAAGGGACGAGCUGCUCCGCUACCGGAAGGCAGGAGGGGGCACCAUUGUGGAAAACACCACCACCGGCAUAUCUCGGGACCUGCCUGUGUUACAGCAGCUGGCAAAGGACACAGGGGUGCACAUCGUGGCAGGGGCCGGGUACUACGUGGAUGUCACUCACUCUGAUGAAACCAAGAAGAUGAUGGUGGAAGAGCUUACCGAUAUCAUCAUAAAUGAAGUGCUACAUGGGGCGGACGGCACAGAUAUUCGCUGUGGCGUGAUUGGAGAGAUUGGCACGAGCUGGCCAAUAACUGAGAGUGAGAAGAAGGUCCUGCGUGCUGCUGCCCACGCUCAGACUCAGCUGGGAUGUCCCGUCAUCAUCCACCCCGGGCGGAACCCUGCCGCUCCCGGAGAGGUGGUUCGAGUCCUCCAGGAGGCUGGAGGAGAUAUUUCCAAAACCGUUAUGUCUCAUCUGGACAGAACAAUAUUAGACCGUGGAGAACUGCUGGAGUUUGCAAAAUUGGGAAGUUACCUUGAGUAUGACCUCUUUGGCACAGAGGUGCUGAACUAUGCCUUUAACCUUGUGGUCGACAUGCCCAGUGACAGCCAGAGGGUUCAAACCUUGGCGUUCCUAAUUAAAGAGGGCUAUGAGGACAGAAUGCUCAUCUCUCAUGACAUCCACACCAAGAAUCGCCUGACCAAAUAUGGUGGCCAUGGAUACUCCCACAUCCUGAGAAACAUUGUGCCAAAAAUGCUUUCCAGGGGCAUCAGCCAAAACCAGGUAGACAAAAUACUGAUAGACAACCCCAAGAACUGGUUAACCUUUAAAUAGAUACAACUAACACUGAAUGGAUUGUAAAUACGCGAAACCAAGGACGCUGUGAUGAUCUGAAAUUGUUUUUUUACCUUUUGAUGCUAGCCUUCCACUUUGAUGCAGUUAACAUCUUAGGGGAGAUAAACUGAACAGAAAUCUAUGGGUGGUGACUCAUCCGUAGCAGAUGAAGCAAUCACAUGAUCAUUCGGUGUGUGUUUAUAAAAUCGUGCAUGUCCAAAGUAGAGAUUUCACCUUGAUUACAACACAUGUUAUCUAAUUUCUUUUUUUAAAGACUUCAAGUAGGGUUCAGUUUGUUGUUGCGUAAUGUUCUGUGUUAUACCAAUGGCAGAAAGGCUUGAUUAAUUAGGAACAUAUUAAACUAAUGGCCUCAUUUCAGUUGAGCAAGAUUAUGAUUGAACAAAGAAGUUAAUGAUUUUCAAAUAGGCACAAAGAUUGAUGAGACAUCCACUUUUACAUCAACACCUUCCGAUAAGCAUCCUUCCUCAAUGGGACUUAAAAUAAUAGGGAUCUUAACGUCAAAAACACAUUUAGACUUUAAUGAACUAUACAUGUGAUUCUUUCCUACAAGGAUAAAAGCCUAAUUAAAAUGCAGUCCAACAGCACUUAAUUUCAAAGCAAUGGCUACACGUGCAAACUGCAGGAAAAUAAAUGGUGCACGUCAGGCAAGUGAGUAGCUUACCUUGUCAGUCAAGUUAAAGGGAACACAUGCAUUUUCUAACAAUUGAAUGUUCACCACUAAUGCCUUGUGAAGUCAUUUGUUUGAGGUGUCCACAUCCAAUGUGCACAGCCAAUAUCGACGAGUCUUUAUUCCAAGGGCAUUAGGAGAAGACACAGAUUCCUUUUUAUUCUAUUUUUUUUUUAUUGUUGUUGCUUCCACAGUGCAAAAUCAGAGAGCACUAGUUCACAAGUGACUUGCCCUGGGCUCUUGUUGGAUAUCUCAGUCCUGAGCCAAGAUAAGAGUGUGCUAUAUUCUGAAUGACACCUUUUUAGGGUGAGAGUUGCUUGAGUUGAUGGGUUGUCACGACAACCAUAUAAAUGGAAAAGUGAAUGUAUUAUUAUCAUUAUUAUUACUAUGUAUUAUUACUAUGAAGUAUUAGUGCUUUCUGCAUCAAACUAUUGAAUUGUGGCAAUGAAUUUAAGCCUGUUUCAAAUCUCUCUGUUAACUAGUGUCAUAAUUGCAGUCCAUCACUUAACCUUUCACUGACCCCAAGAUUGCCUUACAAUACCAGCAGGGAACGUUCUUUAUUUUAGAAUGCAUUAAAGGUGUUUAAUGUUUAUAUGAUCUUUCA